AUCCUCAGUGGAUAUCUCGGGUAACUGUACACUCCCUCUAUAAUAGCGGCGUUCACUCUACCCGCUCACAAUCUCGCCAAGCUUCUCUGCUUUAACUCAUAACUGUUUCAAGCGGCCAAUAGGUUUAGUAUAUAACUUCGUAAUAUUAGAUACGCAUAUUACAGAUAUUGCUAAUCGGUUUAUAGUAAAGAUUAGCAAGUAAUCGGCUCGGAGUACUGUUAUUGACUAUUGGCUUUGAGCUGAAGCAUUGCAGUGAAUGGAUACAUUCGAGCCUUGAGGACCUGUGAUUAAAUGUCGACAAGAUGCCGAGAAGUUUUUUGAUUACCAAAUAUUGUCGACGUCGUGUUACUUAUCGUGGAGAUGACGAUGUUGCUGUGACACCCGCGCGGUGUAGGACAUUUUCAGAGGACUGCAAUCCUGAAUCCAAUGAUAACAGCAUAUCAUGCGACGGGGCAAGUCCAACAAUAGAUGAAGAUGUUCUUCUCAAUACACCGGUACCACGUGAUCCCAACAACAAUCACUUGGAGCUCUCCUUGGUAACAGAGUCCUGUUUCCGUGACGAAAAGCAAAUAUCUCCACAUCCCCUGUAUCCCCCCAGAUCCCAUUCUCCAGAUCGUUCGUCAUAUCUGACGUCAUAUCCUAUUGUGACGUCACCUCACGGACCACUCCCCGGGUCAUUCAGCACCUCCCCACCCGCAUACCCGUGUUAUUACAGUCCAUAUCCCCACCCUCCGCCACCCCACCUACACCAUGUGCCGCAUCACUACUACAACCACGACAACACAGCGGAACACAGCAUCGUCACGUCACCAGCUCCAGUAAUACAGCACAUAACAAGCAAUGGCGUGGAGGUCAUCAACGGCGGCUACGGGAUCAAGAACCCCUUGCUUGGACAGACGGCGGUACAGACGGAAAUAACACUGUCCAGCUGUGGUUUAGAGAACGACAACGACAGGUACGCAUGUCGGGUUUGCGGCAAGCUGUUCCCCCUUCAGCGUCUGCUCAACAGACACAUCAAGUGUCACAGUGAUGUCAAGCGCUAUCUUUGCACCUUCUGUGGCAAGGGUUUCAAUGACACGUUUGACCUGAAGCGACACACCAGGACACACACAGGUGUUCGUCCCUACAAAUGCUUAGUGUGUGGCAAGGCAUUUACCCAGCGUUGCUCCCUUGAGUCCCACUGCAAGAAGGUUCAUGGCACGGAUCAGUCCUUUGCUUACAAGGAGAGGCGGAACAAAGUGUAUGUGUGCGAAGACUGUGGACACACCACAGAGGAUCCCGCUCAGCACUACCUUCACCUCAAGAACCUCCACCCAAACAGCCAAGUCCUGCUCAAGUUCUAUGACAAAAGACAGUUUAAGUUCUCCGACACCAGUCUCUCCAAGAUGAUGUACACUUCUAUGGCGUCGGACAGACCAGGACAGUCCCUCAUCACCACCAGUCCGGAUCUGGAAACGCGGAGCUGAUGACUUCUUGAACAGUGUUGUGUGUGCUUUUGUGUGGUUUGUCAAGCUACUUGUUGACUUCGUAUACAGCGAAUCUGUCUUUGGUGAAGUACAUUGGAAGGUUUUGAGAUACUGGGGUCCACAUGCACGAAGCGAUCUUACCCAGACAAUCGUAACCAAAUGGAUUCGAAAUAGGAUAUGCUGUAAAAAUGUGCAAGAAGAUCCCGAGGAUCGAGAUGGAGAAAGAUAAAAAAUGUAAAAUGAACAAAGAGAUAAGCAUUAUCCAAGGUUUGAGAUAAUGAGAGUCCACAAAGAUAUUAUUGAUUUAUGUGAAAAAACUCUAUUAACUGAUUUUAUUUUACAAGAACAGUAACCUUGCGCUAAAUACAGCUGACACAUAAAGGGUUAACAAAAGGCAUAAUUCUAUGAAGCAGUCUUAGCACUUUGACUGUUGUAAGUUAGAAAAUGGGAGUUACGACAGACAACAUUAUUUUAUUAAACAAAGUCCAUAUUAACUUACAUUAAGUUGCAUGAAAAAAAUGCCCAACGCUCAGCGUAUAAACAAAAAACGUAUUAAUCCAGGACCCAGCUUCACAAAGCGAUCUUACGCCAGUUGUAGCGCUAAUGUCGCUUUGUGAAACGGGGCCCUGGUUAUGUCAGCAUUACAACGGUUGCACUUCAUAAGUCUUAAUGCUAAGGUUGUUUUGUUGAACGGGCCCAGGUGUUUACUAAUACAGUCGCUAGACAGGCGAUAUAACGCUAAAAGUGUGACUUACCCAUGUAUGCUCUCGUAAAUGGGACAUUGAAAACAGUAUUACUAUCAUGAAAGCAUCACAUAUAAAAGUUGAGUUAACUUUUGUUGGCAGAAAUUAACUCUCUAUAUCAGUUUGAUAAUCAAUGGCGUGUGCAUCAAGCCGCCCUUUGCUAUAUUUAUCUAUCACAGUACACGCAUCUGUGACAGUGGGAGAGUACAGUCACGUACCUGAGAGAGAGAGAGAGAGAGAGAGAGAGAGAGAGAGAGAGAGAGAGAGAGAGAGAGAGAGAGUACAUUCACGUACCUGUGACAGUGAUAUUGUACAAUCACGUACCUGUGACAGUGAGGGAAUACAGUCACGUACCUGUGACAGAGAGAGAGAGAGAGUGAGAGAGAGAGAGAGAGAGAGAGAGAGAGUACAUUCACGUACCUGGGACAGUGAGGGAAUACAGUCACGUACCUGUGACAGAGAGAGAGAGAGAGAGAGUGAAAGAGAGAGAGUACAUUCACGUACCUGUGACAGUGAGGGAAUACAGUCACGUACCUGUGACAGAGAGAGAGAGAGAGAGUACAUUCACGUACCUGUGACAGUGAGGGAAUACAGUCACGUACCAGUGAGAGAGAGAGAGAGAGAGUGAGAGAGAGAGAGAGAGAGUACAUUCACGUACCUGUGACAGUGAGAGAGUACAGUCACGUACCUGUGACAGUGAAAGAGUACAGUCACGUACAUGUGACAGUGAGUGAGUAUACUUACUUGUGACAGUGAGAGAGUAUACUUACUUGUGACAGUGAGAGAGUACAGUCACGUACCUGUUGACAGAGAGAGUACAUUCACGUACCUGUGACGGUGAGAGAGUACAGCCACGUACCCGUGACAGUGAGAGAGUAAGUCAGGUAUUUGUGACAGUGAGAGAGUACAGUCACGUACCUGUUGACAGAGAGAGAGAGAGAGAGAGAGGGAGAGAGUACAUUCACGUACCUGUGACCGUGAGAGAGUACAGCCACGUACCUGUAACAGUGAGAGAGUAAGUCAGGUAUUUGUGACAGUGAGAGAGUACAGUCACGUACCUGUGACAGUGAGAGAGUAAGUCACGUAUUUGUCACAGUGAGAUAGUACAGUCACGUACCAGUUGACAGUGAGAGAGUAAGACCCGUACCUGUGAGAGUACACGUACCUGUGACAGUGAGAGAGUAAGUCACGCAUUUGUGACAGUGAGAUAGUACAGUCACGUGAGAGUACACGUAUCUGUGACAGAGUAUAUUUUCAAUAUCAUUCGUUGUUCACUAAACUCACUUGUUUACAGCCUUGCAAUAUACAUUGGUCAGAAAUACAUGUUUCCUGAUUGCUUUGUAAAAAAGCCUUCUUCGGGUGGUCAAGGCAACGCGUUAUCACUUUACAACGACAUUAACACCUGAUGAUAAAGAUGAUGAUGAUAUUUGCCUGUUACAGGAUGUUGGAUUUCUUUGAUUUGCCCAUGGUUUUGAAUUUGCUUUGCUACAUUCUGAUUUCAGUGACACAAAUGAUUCGUUUACCUUCGUAGUAUAAUUUAGAUUUUUGUAAUUUUCAAUGAGGAUAACUUAAUGGCACUUGUACCCUGCCUAACUGCACACACAUGUUUCUUACUUUACACUUUUGUUGAUAUAUGUUGCAUUUACAUUUUGUUAACCAAAUAAACAGAUAUAUAUUAUA